AUGGGACACCAGCAGUGCGCAGAAUGCGGCAGGGGCGGGGGCCGCACGCGCUUCCGAGGACGAGCCCGGGCGCUCCGCGGCGCGCGGCCCCCUCGGCGCGGCCCGUGCGUGGAGCCCCGGGCCGGCGGCGCCCGCACCUGCCCCGCGCCCCGCGGCAGCGCUGACGGGAGGCUUCACCCACCUGGCGCCUCGCGCACGUCACCGCGCGAGCGACCCCGCGCGCUCCUCGGCCACCCGCGCACGGGCGCGGCCAGGCGCCGGGGGAGACCCUGCUGUGCGGCCGCCGCCGCCGCCGCCGGGUCAGUCGUCAGGUCGGCCGCAGCGAACCUGUUGCGCAGCCUGUCACGGCCGCUGGGCUCCGCCGGCGCCGCCUCAGCCCCACAACAACAUGGCGGCCGCGGCCUCCGCAGGAAGCCGGGGGGCGGGGAGGCAAGCGACGGGCGGGCAGUGACGGCCCGCCCGCCCGCUCGCCCGGCAGCCCGGCCGCGGGGCACCGACUCCCCACCGUGGGGGAACGCGACACUGCGAGGCGUGCCUCCUUACCUCGGGAGCUGGGGAGCCCUGGACCGCGAGGGCGUGGGCCGAAGCGCUUCUCUUCCCGCGACGUCCCGAAGCCCCGGAGCUGACAGCCCUUCCAGGAGCCACUGGGACCCACCUGGCUCCUCCUCUUCGAGGACACUCAGUGUUCACCAAGAAUGUCAGCACCUGAGGUACUCAGUCAGGCCGCGGGGUCCACCCAGAGCUCCCAUCGCCCUUAGUCUUCAGGCACUCAUGACUCAGGACAGACAGAAUCUGGACUUCAGUGGCUCAUGCCUUUGUAAUCCCACAGCCCUUGGUAUAACUUCAACAGGUCUUCAUAACUUCCUGCCACACUCGGUGAACUGACUUGAUCUGUCUGAGAGUGUCUUUAUUUCUGUUAUUUUUAAAAGACAUUUCAGUUACAUGUAUGAUUUUAAGUUUGAUCUUUCUUUGAAGACAUUAAUCUAUUCUUGAAGAUGUUAUUAUUCUGCUGAGAAA